AUGCAGAACGUGAAGGAAAGGCUAAAGGCAUGCAAAGAGGCCUUAGGUCUUGAGGAUGGAAGGAUUCCAGACCAAACUUUUACUGCCUCCACUGUCGAAACGAAUGAAACACCUCCCCAUCGCCUUUGUCUCAACUCCGCCAAGGCAUGGAGUGCAAGAACUGAUGACAAAAAGCCUUGGCUUCAAGUUGACCUUAGAAAGGACGCGAUGAUCAAGAAAAUCGCUACACAGGGGAAACGUGGUAUCCACCAGCAUACAAAGACUUACAUGGUUUCAUCGCGUGCCGACGGAGAAGUUGACUUUGUUAGGUACAAAGAGGACAACGUCGAAAAAGUGAGACAGGCGGUGGCAUUUGAAUGGAGUUUCUUGGAGGCUUUAGGUCUUGAGGAUGGAAGGAUUCCAGACUCAGCUUUUAGUGCUUCAUCCAUCGAGUACGAGAAUACUCCUGCCCAUCUCGUUCCCCUCAACUCCCUCAGGGCAUGGAGUGCAAGCACCGUUGAUAAUGAGCUCUGGAUUCAAGUUUAUCUCGGAAAGGACGCAGUAAUCCAGAAAGUCGCUACACUGGGAAAAACAGGAACCUACCAGUAUACAAGGUUUUACAUGAUUUCAUCGCGUGCCAACGGAGAGACCGACCGGGUGAUGUACAAAGAGAACAAUGUUGAAAAGGUAUUACAAGGCAACAAUGAUCAGGAAACAGUGGUUUCUCAUGUGUUGUCACAACACAUCAGGGCUCGUUUUGUAAGGUCCUGUCCAAAGACUUGGAGAAGUAACUACAGAACAAUGAGGGUAGAGCUGUACGGCUGUUUCCUUCAGUAA